UGCCGCUGAGUGCCACAGAGGUGCCAGUGCCACAAGAAGGAUCUCGCUGUCUCUCCAAACAGCUCAAACUCUGUGCAGAUGAGCUGUGAGGAUGUAAGAGUGGAAAGUAGGAGGAGCCAUCUUCUCGAGAUUUUACUUUAAAGUGUUUUACUCUUGCGCGCAGUACAGCAACAAUGACACACUCUCGCAAAUGCUCGAAUAAGACAACCUUCUGGGAUAUACAUAUUUCAAAAUGUGUGUUGUGUCCUCGAAAGCCAGGGUACGAAGUCGCCACUAACUGUGGCCUUGAUGACGACGGAGGGCAACACGAACCCUCCUUCAUCAAGUGCAAAGCCGAUACUUUUAAUGAUGGCAGCGGCGCUCAUUGUCAACCUUGUGCGCCAUGUCCGCACGGGUCUAACAUCUCGACCCCGUGCAGGACAACUUCUAACACCAAGUGCCAAGCCGCAGGAAGCGGGGCGACUGGAGUUCCUGUCCCAGAACCAACAACAUCGCAUUAUGAUUCAAGUUUAUUCAGCACAACGAUUCAGACAAACCAAGGAUCCAGCUUUAAACCACGUGCAGCGACUAUACGACCAGUUCCAUUUGGUCAUGAUGUAGGCCCACUAUGGGCAAUACCAUUUGCCAUCCUCAUUUCCAUCAUGCUUGUUGUGAUAUGUGCUUGUCUGAUCUACAUGAAGCGGAGAAGAGGUCAGCACACGGCGCUGAGUUAUCGCAGAAGAUCUUCGUACAUAAACGCAGGGUUCUCUCCGCUGUCUGCUCCACCUGGCAACAAUGAUCUGGAGCACAUUCUGAGUCCAGACAUCCUGUCAGCACCUUUACAGACGGUGCUCGACAAACUGGACGUCUUGGAGGAGCUGGUGAUUUUGUUGGAUCCAGAAAACCAAGGAGUAAAGAACACCAAACAUCUGGCGUCUCAUUGCUCCUUCCCCGCCACCUGGAUUACUUACACCUACUCUAUGAAGGAGAGUAAGAGCCCUCUGAAAGCAGUGUUGGAGGGGGUCACCAGCAGGCAACCCGACUGGACAGUAGGGCACCUGGCUAGGCUGCUCAAACAUAUGGAGCGCAACGACGCCAUCGCUGUUCUCGCCAAACUGGGACUGAAUGUGAUGCAAGUGUAACACGCAUUCCACCUUCGACUGCCAAAAGCCUUUCACUUCAGGUUUAGAUGCAGAUGUUGGCCUUUCUCUGAUCAUUUCUGUCAGAUUUAUAAAGAAAUGAUGAAAAGGAGGCUUCCAGAACCGAUCAGUAUUAAUACAAAGGAAAUGUACAGGGCGAGUAGUUCAAUGCAGAGGAGAAAUGUUCUUUUAAGGGGUAAAUAUAAUGAACCGUAUAGUAAACAGGGAGUGAUUUCAGACACAGCCAUGGACAUGUAUCAGACAGAAAGAUAUUAUCAAGUUGCAUUAUGGGAAGCUUGGGAUCAAAUGUUCUUGGGGCUUGACACUUACCAGAGAAUAAAAGUCAGGACGCCUCAGCUGCUUUAAUUUAGACUAUUCUUUUCUUAGUUUGGAAAUGUGCAAUACUAAAUGAACACAAAAAAGGAUUAAACCAGCAGUUACUCUGCAUUGCCUCUAUGGGCAACAGUUAAGAUUGGCUGCCAGCACAAUGCUUAUUUGUACCUUCAAGUACCUGCAUGAGUGCACAUAUUGAGCUGAUAGAAUGUUCUCAUAUGCCUGCAUUGAACCACUUUUAAAUCAUCUUAUUACAUUUAUGCACAUAAUAAGUAUAAGUAUUUGCGUGACAAUUGUUUUUUUUGUUCAUGAGCAUGAAAAUGAAACCAGUCAUGUGAUGAUGUGAUGUGAUGCAUGAGUCAAUAACCACAUUAGCUUUCAGGCAGCAGCCGAAUACUCUGUUACAUUCCAGGAAAAGCUUUUGUCACCAGUGAUUCCUUUUUCUACUUUCACCUUUUACAAUAAAAAAAUGGAAUUUGCUCAAACAUCUUAACAUCUUUAUUAAGCAAAUAACAUUAUAAAUAAAAAAAGUGCAUAGAAAAAUUAAACAGGAUUAGAAAUAUGUAUACAAAUAUUUACAAACCCAGGG